AUGUCGAUGCAACGAGACUUCGCUCACUCGCUUCAGCUGGACGACAUACGAACCGCUCGUGCUGCCAUCAACUCCUUCAACGGUGUCACGACCAAGAUGAUGAUGUUGAUGAGGGAGCUUGGGACUGCGCUCGAACAGGUGAGCCACUCAUUCGAUGCAUUCGCCUCUCUCAGCUUUACCAGCGACGAGAUCAAGCAGUACGUGCACCACUUUGGCAACGAGGUCCUCAGCAUGAAGAAAGGCAUCGCCUUCUGCAACUACAACAACUUUGUACAUGAGGAGGUGCAGCUCCCGGUCGAGCAGCUGAAGAAAUCGCUGAAGGAGGCGGAGAAGGCGGCCAAGGCGGAGAAGAACGCCUUCGAGAAGUACAUGAAGGCAAAGCAGUGCGUGGAUAAGCAGGAGAAGGCGUUGGCGGAGAGGAACAAGCCCCUCGACACAAGUACGUCCUAUUCCACGCAUGUGCAGGCACUGAACAAGGCCCUUGCUUCGCUGCAGAGCUGCGAAAAGGAAUUUGAGGACAGGUUCGCUUUGCUACUGUACGAAGUGGAGAAUGUGACGGCGAAGGCACUCAGGCGCUACCUCGAGCUGAACGCCACAUACAUGACGUCUGUCGCGGACGCGCUCACCAGGACGGACCCUGUCAUCGAGGAGGCUGUUGUCUUCUACUGUCAAGAGCAGCAGGAGCAUCAGCAGAGCGCUGUCGCGCAGCGCUGCUUGAAGGUAAAUUCGGAGCUGGGCACCGCUCACGUCCCACAGGGGUACCGGGUCUACUUUAACAGGAUGAACGGUUACGUGCGUAAUGGAAUCAUCUACAAGCGGAUUCCGCAUAAGUACCGGCGAGGGCACCGCUGGCAAGGAGGCACCGCCGCUGUACACCUUUAG